AUGGCCCCUCCCCCACCCCGGCCAUCGCCCCUCCCCCACCCCGCCAUGGCCGCGCCGCCGCUCGGACCCCCCCUCACCUUCAUCACCUUCCUCAUCCUCACCCUCCUCAUCCUCCCGCCGGAGCCCGCGCAUGGCUCGCUGUCCCAGUCCCUGCUGGGCCGGUACCGGGCCGGGGUCCGGCCGGGCGCCCCUGGGGGGGGUCCCGUGUUGGUCACGGUGGGGCUGGAGCUGGCGCAGCUCGUGGGGCUGGACGAGAAGAACGAGGAGAUGACGACCAAAGUUUACCUGAACCUGAGCUGGCGCGACCCCCGGCUGGCCUGGGACCCCCGGCAGCACCGGGGGGCGGCGGCGCUGCGGCUGCCGGCCGAGCACAUCUGGCUGCCAGAUGUGGGGCUGGACAACAACAAUGACGGAGAAUUCGGGGUGUCGCUGGGGGUCCGGGCCAUCGUCAGCCCCGACGGCGCCGUCACCUGGAGACCCCCGGCCCUGUUCCGCAGCCGCUGCCCCAUCCGGGUGUCGCAUUUCCCGUUCGAUUGGCAGAACUGCUCCCUCAAUUUCCGCUCGGGCUCCUACGGCCCCGCGGAGCUGCGGCUGCGGCCGGGGGGGCCGGGGGGGCCCUGGGGGGCGCAGGUGGCGCUGCCCCCCGACUUCCAGGAGAACGGGCAAUGGACCCUCGUGCACCGCUCGGGGGGUACCUGGGGCCCCCCGGGCUCACCUGUGGGCGUCUCCUUCCACCUGGUGCUGCAGCGGAAGCCGCUCUUCUACCUGGCCACGGUGCUGGUGCCGUGCGUGCUGAUCACGCUGCUGGCGGUGGGCGUGUUCCACCUGCCCCCCGACGCAGGUGAGAAGAUGUCCCUCUCUCUCUUCGCCCUGCUGACCCUGACCGUGUUCCUGCUCCUAUUGGCCGACAAGGUCCCGGCCACGUCGCUGCAGGUGCCGCUGAUUGGCCGCUACCUGACGGGGACGCUGGUGCUGCUCACCUUGGUGGUGGCGCUGAGCGUGGGCGUGCUCAACCUGCACCACCGCUCACCUGGCACGCACGGCAUGCCCGCCUGGGCACGGCAGGUGUUCCUGCAGCGCCUCCCGCCCCUCCUCGGCCUCCGCCCCUCCCCCCCGCCCCGCCACGCCCCCUUUAGCCCCGCCCCCGUCCUGGCCCCGCCCCCUCGCGCCUCCGACGCCUACUUCCUGCGCCGCCCCUCCCCCCCCGGCCCCGCCCCCCUCGGGACGGCCCCGAAACCGGCGGAAUUCGCCCCAAAAGCGGAAUUCGCCCCGAAAUUCGCGGAAUUCGCCCCGAAAUUGGCGCCGGAGCUGCGCGAGGCCGCGGCCGCCGCUGCCGCCAUCGCGGGGAGCCUGCGGGAGAGGGAGCGCAGGAGAGAGGCGCAGGACGAGUGGCGGAUGCUGGCCAUGGCCGUGGACAGGCUGUGUCUGUGGGCGCUGCUGGUGCUGACCGGGGGCUGCGCGCUGGGCACGGGGCUGGACGCGGCGCUGCACCGGCCCCCGGACACGCCCUUCCCGUGAGCCAAAAUCCCCUGAAAUAGCCCCAAAAAUAGCCCAGAAAUAUCCCCAAAAUAUCCCAAAAAUAUCCUCUAAAUAUUCCCAAAAAUAUCCUGAAAAUAACCCAGAAAUGUCCCCAAAAAAACCCAAUUUGGGGACUUGGGCGUGGCACUGCACCGGCCUCUGGAGACGCCCUUUCUGUGAGCCAAAAUCCCCCGAAAUAGCCCCAAAAAUAGCCCAGAAAUAUCCCCAAAAUAUCCCCAAAAUAUUGCCAAAAAUAUCCUGAAAAUAACCCAGAAAUGUCCCCAAAAAAACCCAAUUUUGAGACAGGACAGGGCUUGGACGCGGCGCUGCACCGGCCCCCGGACACGCCCUUCCCGUGAGCCAAAACCCCCUGAAAUAGCCCCAAAAAUGUCCUCAAAAUGUCCCCAAAAUAUCCCGAAAAUAUUGCCAAAAAUAUCCUGAAAAUAACCUUAAAGUAUCCCCAAAAUAACCCCAAAAAUCCCCCGAAAUAACCCCAAAAAUGUCCUCAAAAUAUCCCUAAAAUAUUCCCAAAAGUUUCAUUAAAAUAACCCCAAAAUAUCCUGAAAUUAUUCUGAAAAUAUCCUGAAAAUAUAAUAAUAAUAUUAGAAAAAUGGCUCCCCAAAUAUUCCAAAAAUAUCCCUAAAAUAAUCCUCAAAAAACCCCCAAAUAUCCCCAAAAUAUUUUUAAAAAAUCCCAGAAAUAGCUUGAAAAUUUAUUUAAAAAAUAAAUUUAAAAAAAAUAAAAAAAAAAUCCUAAAAAAAUCUAUAAAAUAACCACAAAAAUAUCCCAAAAUUGCCCCACAAAAAACUCCCCCAAAACCCCCAAAAUUUCCCGGAAAUAUCCUCAAAAUAUCUGUAAAAUAUCCCAGAAUUAUACCCAAAAUCCGGAAAAUAACCUAAAAAUAUCCCCCAAAAAUAUCCUAAAAAUAUCCCAAAAAAUAUUACAAAAAUUUCCCAAAAAUAUCGCUCACUAUAUCCCCAAAGCAGCCCCAAAAAUCCCCAAAAUAUCCCGAAAUUGUCCCAAUAUAUCUUAGAAAUAUCCCCUGAAACCCAGUCCCGAUUUCCACCCCAAAUUCCCUGUCAGGAUCCCCCAAAAAAUCCUAAAUAAAUUCUGAACCCCAAAA